CCAGAGCGCAUCGCCAUCACAUACUCUAUCAACAUCAUUUCAUCUCAUCAGGAAUACUGGUCUCUAAAGGUGGUUUCAAGGUAUCAUUGAAAAAAUCAUCUUCAAGAAACGAUUCACAGCUGAAGCAGACAGCAUAUGUGGGAGGGUUCCACCUCUGGUGUAACCAAGGUAUUAAGACCACCGAUGGAGAACUCCUCAGUAAUACCUACAGGGGCCCCCCAGGGCCUGGACUUCUUCAUGGUGCUGUCCCGCGGCGAGCAGAAGGCCAUCGGGGUGCUGGGCCUGCUGGCGGGGGCCGUGGCCCUGCUGGAGAACGGGCUGGUGCUGGGCCUCAUCGCCUGCUGCCCCGCCCUGCGCCGCCGCCCCACCUUCCUCUUCAUGGGCAGCCUGGCGCUGGCCGACCUCCUGGCCAGCGCCUUCUACUCCGUCAGCUUCGUGGACUUCCACCUCUUCGGGCGCCAGGACGGGCCGACGGCCUCGCUGGUGAAGCUGGGCGGCGUGACGCUGGCCUUCAGCGGCUCGGUGGGCAGCCUGCUGCUCACCGCCGUCGACCGCUUCCUGUGCCUGCACCGCGCCCACCGCUACCGGGCGGUGCUGACCCGGCGCCGCGCCCUCCUGGCGCUGCUGCUGCUCUGGACCGCCACCGUCCUGGUCUCCUUCCUCCCGCUGAUGGGCUGGAAGUGCUCCACCGGGCUGUGGCCGCCCUGCUCCGAGCUCUUCCCCUACGUCAGCCUCAGCUUCCAGUUCUGCUGGACGGCCGCCAUUGUUCUGGAGCUGCUGGUCAUCCUGGCCGCCUACGCCAUGAUCCUCUGGAAGGCCCGCCUCCACACGGCCGCCAUGGCCGCACUGCAGGCCGCCACCGGCCCGCAGCGCGCCCGCGUCCGGCUGGACCUCCAGCUGGCGCGCACCCUGAGCCUGGUGCUGCUCAUCCUGGUGGGCUGCUGGCUGCCGGUGCUGGGCUUCAUGCUGGCCGACGUCUCCACGGCGCUCAGCCCGGCCCAGAGGAGGGCCUUCGCCUUCUGCAGCAUGCUGUGCCUGGUCAACUCCGCCGUCAACCCCCUGCUCUACGCACUGCGCUGCCAGGAGAUCCGGCUGGCCCUGGUGGUCCGGCUGCGGUGUCUCACGGGGGGAGGGGCCUGCUGGCGUCGGAGGGCCGGGACCCCAACCCCCCGGGAGUCAGGACCGACCCAGCCCGACAUGUCCGGAACGGGGAUCAGCUCCUAUGGCCUGGCCACCCCCUGGGGGAGCCAGCAGGAGGUGGGCAAGGGGGGGCAGCAGGAGGUGGGCAAGGGGGGCCAGCAGGAGGUGGGCAAGGGGGGCCAGCAGGAGAGGGCGGGGCCUCAGCUCCAGUCGUCGCUGUGA